CGAAUACGUCAUCGUGUCACAAGGCAAACAACAUGGCUGCUUACUUGUGUUUUAUAUUUAUCUCUCGUAGCCGUUGUUAGCUGAUAAACGCUUAACUUAAUUGGAUAAUAAUUCAUACAGUUAACGAUAUUAUUGACCUCCUUUCAUUUAGGUACACGUUCACCGUGUUGAAGCUAGACAACAGGUAUAUUUCUGUAGAUAGCUGCACAGCAUAACAACAGUCUUCCAUUCACAGUCAGGUGGAUUAAACCAUGGCUUCGUCGUUUGUGGUUGGGGAUUCAUUUAGAAGUAAGGUGGCGGAGUUACUAGAGAAUACUGACUCGUGUCUGCCGCAGAGAUUGAGGGAAGAACUGGAGGAGACUCUCGGGAAAACAGAACCAACAACUCUGUCCUUCAGUACUGCCAGAACACUGAAGAAGUACCUCCAGGACAAUGGGCAUCCUUUCUACCUGCAUGAGGUAUUGGAGGAUAGCUCGCUGCACCUGCCUGAGGUUGUGAAGCCUCCCAGAAACCCAGAGCUCGUUGCACGUCUUGAGAGGAUCAAAGCCAAACUGGCCAAUGAGGAAUACAACAGAAUCACACGAAAUGUCAACACUCAGGAAAUCAACCGCAAUGGGUCACUAGCAGAUUUUGGACGGGAAAUGCGCUCAGUUAAAGCGGUGGUGGCGACAAUAUUCAACUUCCUGGUCACAGUGGUUGCUGCUUUCGCCUGUUCAUACAUGGGGAGCCAGUACCUGUUCACUGACACUGCAGCGCGAGUAUUAGCGGCUGUGAUCGCUGCCUCUGUUGUGGGACUUGCUGAGCUGUAUGUGCUGGUCCGGACCAUGGAGGGGGAACUAGGAGAACCAUAGCAGCUAUGCAAACAGAACUAGAGAAACACGAAAUGACCUUGAGCAGAACUUAAUGCGGAACGUUGGCCGCCCCAACAUUCCGACUUACUCCGAACAGACAUUUUACUUUGCCUAGGAAACCCUACACACUGGUUUGCUUUUUAUUUGACAGGUAAACCUAUGAUAUUUUUGUGCAAGGUCAAAGUUACUGAGAAUUUAAAAAGGGAUACUAGAAGCAAUAAAUGGAUGCUGUAACAUUACAAGAAAGUAAAUUGGUGGAACGUGAAUGUUGGUGGCCCCGGCCGUGGCGCAACUGGCUGGGGCACCUGCACCGUACGCCGGCGACCCGGGUUCGAUUCCCGACCUGUGGUCCUUUCCGGAUCCCAUCCUGACUCUCUCUCCCACUUUCCUGUCACUCUCCACUGUCCUAUCCGAUUAAAGGCAAAAAGCCCCCAAAAGAUAUCUUAAAAAAAAAAAAAAGAACAUGAAUAUUGGUCGCUUUAUCCGACAUUCCCUCUAACCAGACUUUCUUUUCAUUGAAUUAAAAAGUAAUGAUAUUUAUUUACAGCUCUUUUUCUAUUUUAAGUUGUCUCUAUACUACAACCUAAAUAUAAAUGUUCAUUUACUUCAUGUACAUUUUCAAUUUUGUUCUCAGGUCAUGUAAUCAUAUUUGUGUGUUUAAUAAAAUCCUCUUGAUUAA